UUGCAAUUAUUAUCGAACGAUUUUCUGGUCGUUGUAAACCACUUGUUGUUUUUAUUGUGUUUUCGAAGACAAGUAAUAUAAUAAACAACAACAAAAAAUCGCUAAUCAAAGAAGUUAAAAGUUCAUUGACUUAACGAGACGAUGAGUAACACUAGAAGUUUUCCAACAAAAUUUAAAGUCUCUAACCAAACAGCUGAAAAUGUUUCGAAUUCUAGAGGUGAAUCGGCAAGCACAUCAACAAUUACUUCGCAAUUGAAACCUUAUAAACAUAACCACUGCACCGAAGUGCUGACAGAGACUCAGUUCUCUGCGCGGGUCAAAGCUAGCAGAAACAAUGGUUUUGUCCAAACCGUUAUCGAGUGUUACAACAAACACCACAAUUUGGUCAUUCGUCCUGAUGAUAUAUGGACAGCGAUAUUAACACAAUUUUCCUUCUACAUCAACAAAAAUGCUGAAGAAUUCCGAAGCAAAUUCGUGAAUUUCAAUGGAAAGAAAGAACUGGUUGUUCAAGUCGAAGGAUCUCUUCGCUCAGCGACGUAUGGUCUUUUUGUGAACGAAAUGACGGAGAAAAUUGACGAAAAUCUCGUGGAUAAAACAGUGAAAAAUUGGAUUCUACCCAGCUUCAGCACAACCACUGCCAAUGACAUCAUUUCUUGCGGAGUUGUGUUUAUGGCAUCGACGAAAAUGUAUUUCGAAUUUACACGCUGCCUUGCGUGUGGUAUUCCAUAUGUGACAUUAGAGGGAACGAUAGCUGAUUGGGAGGCUAUCCUAAACAGGCUGGAGAAGUUGAAGGAAUACAAAUUGGACAAAUGGUAUGAUCUGCUAAAGCCAAUUCUAAAAGAAUUCGUUGCUGCAAAACAGGGAAGGGCGGACCUUGAAUUCUGGAAACGUAUCUGCCAUCAUUUGGGAGAUAUUUCUGGUCCCAGUUAUAUUAGCGGAUGGCUGACUGUGUUUGCUGUUUUCGACGAAGACGGCAAUUGGACGGAUCUUAGUAGAAAAAAUUCUUGGAUUAACAGAACUGAAGCUGAAGGAACAGAUGAACCGUGGCCUGUCCUUAACAUUGCUAAAAUUCCGUCUGGAAUAGUUAAUGUGGAUGUUAAAAUCAUAGAUAGAAACAAGAACUACGAAAGCGUAAUGUUUUCAGGUCACGUUGGCUACGAAGUAUUUGAAGAUGAUUGUACACUCAAACCUCGAAUCGGCUGGGGCAUCGCACUAAAAUUAUCAGCCGACGAUGUAGAGAAACUUCAUGCAGAUAUCAGGGGAAAAAACAAGCGGUAUUGUGAACAGUGUAACAAGCAGUUAAGGUGCUAGCAUGCUGACAGAAUCUAAUCGAAUGGAAAUGCAAUCUUUUCUUGAAUAAAAUCAGUUUUUCCAAUCACUUAUUACGCUAAUUUGUAUAUGAAACGAGUGUACCUAUACUGAUGGUUAAGAAAAGCUAGCUGACACAGAAUAAAUUAU